CACCAGCCUUCCGAAGUCGCCCCUCAACAGGCUUCUUGCACCUUAGUAAAGCCUGAGGUCACCUCCACCUCUCGAAACUCACCAGUCCCAGAGGCCAACUUUUCUCCAAAGGGGAGAAGGAAAGGCGUGAAGGGCGUGCGGUGCAUGGAACUCUGCAUAACCGUUCGCUCUCUCCUCCCCAGCCGUCCGAAAACAGGCGAGAGUGGCUCCAGAAGGGAGCCCUCGCUCCGCACACUCCACGCCCGCCCCGACCUGCUGUACGCUCUGCCCCUGAAACGGCCCAGCUCGGCGACCACGGGCCACCGCCGAAACCCGCCCGCCCGCGCCCCUCCCCGGGCUGUGGCGCCCGCCCGCACCGCAGUCCACCGCCCUAGGCGACGCCGCCUGUCCCUCCUCACCCCCCGGGGUGGCAGGUUCAGGACCCGGGUCUGAGUCUCCGGCCCUGCAACUGCCACCAACGCCGUCGCCGCCAGUGGGAGAGAGUCUCCGUCGGCAAACGUGGUGCUGCUUCCUGGGUGUGAAGGUGCUUUCAAACCUUAGGUUUCUGUUCCUUUGCCCCUGGCUUUUGAAGAACAGAGAGGAGGAUGGAGACCGAGUCCGGGGCGCAAACAUCGAAUCAGAUGCAAACAGAUUCAUUAUCUCCAUCCCCUAAUCCUGUGUCACCUGUGCCUUUGAAUAACCCAACAAGUGCCCCAAGAUAUGGAACAGUGGUCCCUAAUCGCAUCUUUGUAGGAGGAAUCGACCUUAAGACAAAUGAAAAUGAUUUAAGAAAAUUUUUUUCCCAGUAUGGGUCUGUAAAAGAAGUGAAGAUUGUAAAUGACAGAGCUGGAGUGCCCAAAGGGUAUGGCUUUGUCACUUUUGAAACACAAGAAGAUGCACAAAAAAUUUUACAAGAGGCUGAAAAACUUAAUUACAAGGACAAGAAACUGAACAUUGGUCCAGCAAUAAGAAAACAACAAGUAGGGAUCCCUCGUCCCAGUGUAAUGCCAGCUGCUGGAACAAUGUAUCUAACAACUUCAACUGGGUAUCCUUACACUUAUCAUAAUGGUGUUGCUUAUUUUCAUACUCCAGAGGUAGCUUCUGUCCCACCACCUUGGCCUUCACGUUCUAUAUCUAGUUCCACUGUGAUGGUAGCUCAGCCCGUUUAUCAGCAACCUGCAAAUCACUACCAGGCCCCUGCACAGUGUCUACCAGGUCAGUGGCAGUGGGGUGUUCCUCAGUCUCCUGCCUCUUCUGCUCCAUUCUUACACCUGCAACCUUCUGAGGUUAUUUAUCAACCAGUGGAAAUUGCACAGGAUGGUGGAUAUGUUCCUCCUCCGCUGUCUCUGAUGGAAGCUUCAGUUCCAGAGCCUUAUUCUGGUCAUGGAGUUCAAGCAACGUAUCACCAGGUUUAUGCUCCAAGUGCCAUUGCUAUGCCUGCACCUGUGAUGCAGCCUGAACCAAUUAAAACAGUGUGGAGCAUUCAUUAUUAAGACAACUGGGCAGCUCUAGUCUAGCUCAACUGAUUUCUUGUCCUAUGAUCCUUGUGUGGCCGAGACCCAGCUUCAACGAACCGGCUAGAUGCUGCCCGUUGUGAAACUUAGGGUUAGUUAAUACCUCGCCAUACUUAUUUAUUCCACUAUAAGCUGUCUAAAUUUGAUGAAAUUUGCUUUUUCAGCUGUUCUACAAAAUUAUUUAGGUGGAUGUGGCAUGUUGGUUUUUUAAUGUGUUGAUCUAACUGUAGUGACAUGUUCUACAACAUGUUUUAUCCAUUCCAUAAAUAAUAACCACGUUGGGAAUAGUGAGGUAUCUUUCAUUUUCUCUGCUUUGUGUUAUUUCUUUUCCUCUCAAUCUUUUAGAAGUUAUGUUUCAUAUUCUUUGAUAUUUAUUUUAAUAUUUAGAAUAAGAGUCAUUUCUAAUUCUAAUAGAAUUUUUAGUACUUUCAUGCCUUUUAUCACAUAUUUAAUCUUAAUGGCUCAGUUCUACUACUUUGUAAUUCUGUCAUUUUUUUGUCUAUUUUUUUAUUUAUUUGUUACUGCUACUCCUUAUUUAAUUUUGCUUUUACCAUGGUUUUCAGAAUUUGCAUAGUACUUAUACUCCUUUUUAAAUAACAUUUCCAAACAUUGGAAAUACCAUCAACAUGAUCAGUAUUCUUGCCUUUUCAUGUGAUUAAUUGACUAUAGUAAAUUUUUUCUCUAAUAUUUGAGAUAAUGCUCCAGCCUUCCUAUAACAUAAGCCAUUUGGUACCAAAUUUUAUAUAAUAUGGAUCACCUAGUAGAGGUGUUUUGAUAAAAGAAGGCUCACCUCUGACAUGAUCUCAUAACAUUGACUAAUAUUUUACUAUAUUUUGGUGUUCUUUUAAUGUUUUAAUCUUUUGACCUUUCCUUAUGUUUUACCAAUAUAUUCAGUUAUAUAUGUUAUCAGUUCUUAAAAGGACAAUUAUUUCCAUUAAAAGCAAAAUUAUUUCUUACACCAAAGAAAAACUUUAAAUUCUGAUUCUAAAGCCAAUUCUUAUUAUAAAAUUGGAAAAUAGGUGGGGAGGAGAAGCCGUUGUUCAAAAGUUACAGAACAAAUCAUAAGUGUUUUUAUCACUAAAAUUUAUUUGUAGUAUGAAAAAAGGCUUCUUCAAUCCAUUUGCAGUUCUUUCACUGACCUCCUAAUUUUAGGCAAGAAGGGGAAAAGCCAUAAAUAUUGGCAUUACCCUAAUAAAUCUCUUUCCUUUCUUUUUCCAUCCCCAAAUAUAUUCCAUGCUCAGCAACAGAAAUAAUAAGACUUGGACCCCAAAGUUUUUCCUCGUGAGUCAAACAGGGAGUUUCUUUUGAAACCGUAGUGAAUGUGCUUGCCAGUCAAAUGGUUUCAUGAGAACAGCAGGACCAUAUGAAAUAUAUACUAGCAUAUGAGGAUUCCAUGUACACUAAUUACUCUCAGUUUUUAGAAAUGUAAAAAGACUAAAGUCCCACAAUGAAAUUUCAAGUUUUUUGUUCUGUAAGUAAAAAUUAUUAACUACCAGUGUUAGAGAUCUUCUUUUAAUAGUACUAUCCUUGAGAACAAAAAAAAUUAAUGUUUUGAUUUUCAAAAUGUUAAACAUGAUGCUAAACAAAUCCUGGACUGUUAAUAAAAAUUAAUGAUGUAUUAUUGGAUAA